AUGAUGGACUCACCUAUCUUUACAUGUAAUUCCUGUCUAAUCCAGUUCAAAUCAAGUGAUCUACAAAGGUAUCACAUGAAAACAGAAUGGCAUAGAUAUAACUUGAAGAGAAGAGUGGCGCAACUGCCACCCGUUGGCUCAGAAGAGUUUGCUGAAAAGUUACAUUUAUCAGAAUUGGAACAACAUAAAGUUGAUGAGUUUGGCUUUGCUGUUUUGAAACCUUUACCUUCACAUCAUGAAAGAAAGACUGCUCCUCAUAGAGCCCACAAGAUUUCUCAUAUCCCGAUGCCAGAUUAUGACGAAAGUGGACAAAAAAUCGCUGCUAAUGCUGUCAGAUCGAAUGAUUUACACAAGACUAUUUCAGCUGCUGGAUCAUUGAUGUCAGAUUUGUCUAUAGGUACAGAAAUAACUAAUACAGAUUAUGGUGAAGAUACUGUUUCAGAAUAUGCAUUUACUAGUGACUCUAACUUCGAAGAUGCAACUAGCGAAGAUGAAUUAUCAGAAUUACGCUCAGUAGAAGGGUUUAGAAGACCUAAGCCUACCGAAUGUAUCUAUUGUGGUAUCGAUAGUAAAGAAAUUGAAAGAAAUGUUAAGCAUAUGUUUCAUAAACAUGGGUUAUAUAUUCCAGAAAGAAGUUAUUUGAUUAAUCUGAAAUCAUUGUUAGAGUUUUUAAUUGAUACUAUCGUUAUUGACAAGCGUUGUCUAUGUUGUAACUUUGAGGGGACCAGUUUAUCCAGUAUAAGGGACCACAUGGGCGCAAAACGUCAUUGUAGAAUGCCUUACGAAACAAGGGAGGAAAGAGAGUUGUUCGCACCAUAUUAUGACUUUAGUUCCUUAGAUGAAUCAUCUGAAAACCUAACAGGAAAAAAGGAAUCCAGGAAACAGAUCCAUUUCGAUGCCACUGCGUCUGAACCAGAGGAUGAUUCUGUCGUUGAACCAGCCGUCAAUGAUAUUAAUUCGAACUAUACAACCGUGUCUGUUGACGAAAGUGGAUUAGAACUUACUCUACCAACUGGUGCGAGAUUAGGACAUAGAUCAGGUCAAAGAUAUUACAGACAAAACCUGCCUACAACUGAAAGACGUGAAGCAAGAAAUGCUGUGACAGCUGCUGAUAAACGAAUGGUGAGUGGUGUGACAGAAAAACAGUAUAAAUCUGGUAUGAAAAAAAUGCAACAGCUUGAAAAAAGAGCUACCAAUGAAAGAAUUCGUAAAGAAGUCAAACGUGGUAACUUUCAAGAACAUUUCAGAGACGAGUUGUUGCAGUGA